AAGAAAGAAAGAAGUUGGACAAAGGUGGGAGAAGAAGUUAGUUGAAGCGAGAGCGAACGGUGUGGAAUCAGGGAGGCAGGCUCGGCUGGUUGGCAGAAGAUCGCCAAGGUGCAGGCCCGAGGAAACGCGACGAAAGAAAGAAAUAAGAGAGUCCAGAAGGCUGUUAGGUGGAAGAAAUGGUGAGGAGCAGGAGAGCGGUCGGAUAAAAGGAUAUGGUAGGGCGUGGAAGCGGAAAGACGUGGUAGGGAACUAGAAAAGGAUGGAUAUGAAUGUGAACGAAGCGCGAGGGAGAAGGAAAGGGCACAGGGAGCGACAGGUGCCCAAUCGCCCACGUGGGUUCUCUCUUUACGGUGCUGCAGCGAUGGUAGAAGGGUGAAGAAGACGACGAUGACGACGACGAGGACGACGAGCCGGCUUCCUUGUAAUGGUGAAGCAGCCGAUACUCGUUCUAUACACCAAGUGCACUCGCCACAGGAUGAACAUAGUGGGGCAAAGAGAUCCAUUGGCGUACGUACCGUUCGGCUACUCUUGGUCUCUAAUGAGCUUUUGUUUCGUUACUCCGUUCGAUAGAACACAAACGAAUUGCGUUACGCGCAGUAGAAAUAACAGUCGUUUAAAGUGCAAAAUGUUGAUCGAUCGUAAGACGAAGGAAGUGAUUGAAAAGAAACUGGCAGAAAGAACGAGAGAGUGAAAUCAAGAUACAAACAGAGGACUACGCCACUGAAAAAGUCUGCAGCGGGCCAUGUACUGUGAGUGGGAAAAGAGGUAAAGAAGGGGAAGGGCUACCCAUUCGGUAGCAAAUGCUGGUAACCCGUCGCAAGGUCAAGAUCAGUCGGUUAAUCCUAUCCAGUCAGCCGAGGCCCUUGCACCUUGGAGGACGAACGACCCUCACGCUCGCAACUGAAAUUUCACUUUGCCGUCAUCGCACGCCGCACUUGCUCUAUUUGCUCCAAUUUUCGAAUUUGGCUCGAUCUGCCCGCCCGGUGGGUAUAUCAAUUGGAUCGUGUUCCCUGUCUAGAUCUAAGUAGGGAACGGAUACGAAAACGACGUUAAACCGGGAACACGGGACAGUUUCGAGUGUGCUCCACACAUAUAUACAUAUACAUACACAUACACAGUGUCUUUCUGUGUCUUUGUACUUGAAAAAUUCAUUUUUGUUCAAUCUCGAAGGAAGUGGUGGCUCUCAACGAAAAUUUGAAAACUCAGAGAAUCGCUUUCGUCACCUUUCAGUUAUCAUUUCUCUUGCCGAAGAUAACAUUUCUGAACAGAAACAACUGAAAAAGAACAUCGACGUUUAGUCAUUUUGUCGGUCAUCUGAUGAUGAACAUUCAGUAAGAGAAAGAAUCGAGGAUCUUGUCGUGUGUGAUCCAUCGAGAAAAGUGUUUACAAUAGUGGAGACAACAGUAGCUGUGAUUUCCCCAAAGCAACCCUUUACGGGGCCUCUGUUAUGGAAACGUGCGUCCUGAUACCAAAAGAAUUUUCCUUGGCACUAGCGAAUGAUCGAUCAAACUACAAGGGUCUCUUCAAGAAUGAUUCAGGCAGUUUAGUUACGGACGUCAGGAUAUCCGUAUGGUCAAACGUGCUUAUUCCGGCAGGAACGUUGAUCUACCCCUUUCAGGGCUCCAUUCGAUUCGACAAAAUCGAUCUUUACUCCCUUCUUGAUGACAAUGAUAUCAGACGCGAAUACGGCUGCUACGAUGAAGUCUUCUUUUCAAAUUACAGCCUUAACAAGCGUCAGUGCAAUUGGAUAAGAUUCCUCCGUAUAGUUCAAUCUUACGACGAACAAGUAAAUUUAAUUGGUACCAAAGUGAAAGGGGAUCCAAUUUUUGAAGUAAUAAAAGAUGUUCAACCGGAUACGGAAUUAGUGGCUUGGUUUCUUCCUACGGCAGAACAAGAUUUCGUCUUUAUACCACACGACAUGUGCUCGAGGUCUGCUUUGUAUAGAUGCACGAUUGACUCCAUUUUAGAUGAAUCCCCAUUAGACUUAUCCAUGGCAUUGCUCUCUCAUCAUUCGUCAUCAACGAUUUCACAUCCGUACUACGAGGUAGACGAAUACGAGUCUACGUCUGAGGAAUCCUCGUCAUCAACGUUAUCCUUGACAGGGGAUCAUUUAGACUGUAGUAUUUUAACGACGAUUAAAAGAGGAGAGAGAGUACUGUUGCCGUGUGAAGUUUGUGGGAAAUCCUUUGACCGACCGUCUCUCCUGAAACGUCACAUGAGAACACACACAGGAGAGAAACCGCAUGUUUGUAUGGUGUGCAACAAGGGUUUCUCAACAUCGAGCUCGUUGAAUACGCACAAGCGAAUCCAUAGUGGUGAAAAACCUCAUCAGUGUCUCGUUUGCGGUAAGAAGUUUACGGCCUCCUCGAAUCUCUACUAUCAUCGUAUGACUCACAUCAAGGAAAAACCACACAAGUGUUCACAAUGCUCCAAGUCGUUCCCAACGCCGGGAGAUCUUAAGAGUCAUAUGUACGUGCAUAAUGGGCUAUGGCCAUUUAGGUGCCAUAUUUGUAGCCGUGGUUUCAGUAAACCGACCAAUCUUAAGAACCACAUGCUACUACAUCUUGGCAGAUGUUCGAACAAGAAGAUUGUCAAAUCCAUUUCUGACUACUGACCAGCCGGUAACACCCCCUCGAUAAUUUAGAAAAAUCUAUCGAGAAAUCUAUACGUAAUUUGUUACAUUGUACGAGAUAGAAAUUAAAAUUAUUCCUCUAAAUAUCUCUCCUAUUUAUAUUACUGUUUAAAGAAACACAUGUGCAAAUGUUCGCACACAAUGCAAUUUCACAAUUACAUUUUAAUUUUGUUAUUAACUCUUACUAAUUGCUCAUUACAUUCAGGUAAAAUAGUAUGUAUGUAUUGUUACUAUGCCAUAAGAUCCAUUUCCGUUAAAUUUAGAUCCUAUUUAGAUCAAUUAAUUGAAUGUUAUUUUUUAUAAAAUUUCUUUAUUGUUCCUCGAAGUUAAUUAAUACUGUUUACAAAGUGUUACGUUGAUUAUUGUGACGAGUAAAUCGUUUAAGGUAGAUUUAUGUAUGUGAAAGAAAUCGCAUGAUCACGAAAUAUUCAUUUCUUAUGAUAUAAGAAAUUUGAGAAAUAUGCAUUGAGGAAUAACCUUAAACGCAUUGUUUCGCAUUUCUUGUACGCGUACGUGUCAUUAAUCACAAGAAUUUAAAUGAAAGAAGGAAAAAGUUACCCUUGCAUCCUUGCAGAUUCAUGAAUUUUCAUUCAUCGUUCUUGACAAUUUCAUAUCGUUCAACUCGAUGAAAAGAAGUAAUUGCCUUUUUACCUCGUUCCGAUAAUAAUUGUUUUGCAAUUAUAAUAAAUGAUCUAUGUACGUCUUCAAUAAAAUUAUGUGAUGUUUAAAAUAA